CGCACAACACCUCACGACCGAACAUUUCAGCACAGCAGGCCCCCCGGAGCACACGCACCACCCCCGCCGCCCGCCCGUUCUUUUAGCACGCAUAUAGCGAGCCAGCGCAAGUGGAUGCCCGUCGUUGUCUGGCUUCGGCUUUUUAGUCGGCGAGCCCGGGCUCGUGCCGCCGGCAGGUGCAGCAGGCCUGGCCCCUCUCGGGCGGCCGCAACCGUGGCCCGUGGCCGCUGUGGGACACUGGACCAUCAAGGGCUCGGUCAGGAAAGCUCGACGGGACCGUCGCUCGCCUGAUCUGACGCCUGGUGUCGCGCAGGGCAACUUGACCUGAGCGCGGGCGUUACGGCCCGGAGUCGUCGGCCGAGAUGCCCGCCGUUAUGGAGGACCCGAGCGGCCCCACCCUCUACCGGGUCUCGGGCCAGGCGCCAUUCCCGGACCCCGGGGACCCGGGGCUGCCACCAGACAUUGUCCCGCGGCAGGUCACGCUGCGGGAUCGCCAGACGGUCGCGACCAUUGUGCCCUUUGCAUCGCGGCACCGUGUCCCGCCCUCGCUGCUGGCGUACCUGAGCGACCAGCUCAACCGCGAGAUCGACGGCGGCGACACCUACCCCAUGACGGAGCCCCUCGCGGCCGACGCCUUCGCCGACUACUGGUUCCAGACGUUCGGGGCCGUCAUGCUGCUGGGGAGCAUCGACUCUGCUGAAGAGGUGGUGGAGGGCCGCGACUGGGCGGCUGAGUGCCUGGGCAGCUUCUUCAUCAAGCCCAACUAUCCGGGCCGCAGCAGCCACGUCUGCAACGGCAGCUUCAUCGUCACCGACGGGUCGCGUAACCGCGGCGUGGGCCGCCUCAUGGGCGAGGCGUACAUAGACUGGGCGCCGCGGCUGGGCUACACCUACAGCGUCUUCAACCUCGUGUACGAGACCAACGUCGCGUCGUGCCGCAUCUGGGACGCGCUGGGUUUCAAGCGCAUCGGCCGGGUCAAGGCGUGCGGCAGCCUACGCAGCCACCCCGACCGGCUCAUCGACGCCAUCAUCUACGGCCGCGACCUACCCCAGGGCGGCCUCGGCAACGGGAGCGGCGGCGGCGGCGGCAACGGCAAUGGCGACGAGCUCAUCAGCGAAGAGCGCUUCGACAAGAUCCGCUACUACCUCAAGACGGGCAAGUACCCCAACGGGGCGGACCGCGCCGAGAAGAGCCGCCUGCGCAGCGCGGCCACGCACUACAAGCUGCUGGCCGGGGACAAGCUGAUGCUCAAGGACAAGGAGGUCAUCUCGGACCCGGUGCGGCAGUACGAGAUUGCGCGCGGCGUGCACGCGCUGCACCACGGCGGCAUCAACAAGACGACGGCGACCAUUGCCGAGCGCUACCACUGGAGCAGGAUCAAGGAGACGGUCAGCGACGUGAUCCGCGCCUGCAGCGAGUGCAAGGAGCUGGGCAAGUCUUCUGCUGUUGGCCCCGGCGGCGGUGGCGGCAACAACACCAACAACAACGGAGGCGGCCUGUCCGCGAGCGGGAGCAGGAGGGCGGGGAGCGGCAGCAGCGCGGCCACGACGCCGGUUGCGACGACGACGGCGGCGACGGUAACGGAUGCCACAACCACGGCCACGACUCCGACCCUCGUGGAUGGCGCUCCGGGCGGCAGCACCUUGACAGACGCCCAUCACCACCACAUGGCCCACGACCACCACGACCACCAAGGUCAGCAGCCCCUGGACGCGGCCGAGAGGGUCCUCGCGCUGCAGCAGAAUCAGAGCCACCACCACAACAGCCACAACCACGGCCUCAUGUCUGCCUUCUCGCCGCCCAGUCCAACAGCCGGUCCCAGCAGCGCCUACGCCAACCCAAGCGACAUCUCCGUCCUGCCCUCGCACGCGACCUCCGACCAAGCGCUGCACCACGCGCAUCACCACCACCACCACCACCAUCACAACCCUCACCACCAUCAUCACAGCCCUCAUCACCACCACAACCCCAUGCUGCAGGACCAGCCGACGGGCCAUCACCAUGCCUCCUCCCCCGACGUAUACCAGCCCAUCGACCCGCAGAUCAUCAACCACCAUCACCACCACCACGACCCCCUCCAUCAUCAUACCAACCCCCUCCACCAUCACCAUAGCGUCGGCGGCGGCGGCGAGUCUCAUACUGACGACGGUUCCGCGCCCGCCCACACGCACGCCGACGCCCACCCCACGCCCGACGACAGCCCCUUUGACCACUACCACCAGCACGCCGACUUCCAAGCCCUCCUCAACGCGACCGAGGACGACGACGAUGACGUGCACGUGGGCGUGGGCGUGGAGGACGUUGUUACCGGCGGCGGCAUCGUCGUCGUCCCCGGCCAGACGGACGCGGACGCCGACCCCUCGUCUGUCGAUCGCGACCUCGAUAUGCUCAUCGAGCAGGACGACGACGUAGACGUAGACGUGGACGUGGACGUGGGCGUAGAUGUCGACGUCGGUGUGGGAGUCGUCGUUGACGAUGCUGCGCACCUCCCCAGCGAAGCAGCACCAGCGUCAGCACCACCGGGCGAGCCAUCCCACACACAAGGCAUCGUCGGAGGCGGCGGAGGAGAAGAAGACGCGGACAUGCCCGAUGGCCUAGACGAUGACAUGGUCAGCGGCGGCGAUGACGGUGUCGAUGUGGACGUGGAUGUGGACGUGGACGUUGAUGGCCACGGGGACGGCCUCCAUGGCGGGAGGAGAGGCGGCGAGGCGGCAGCGGCAGAUAGGGGACUGUACGACGUCAACUUCGACGGCGCGGGAGGGUAACUGACGGCCACUGACAUGAGGACCAAACGUAAUGUUUCUUCGUCUUUAGGUGGCUAGCCCGGCGGCUUUCUUGUUUCGUUUUGUUCUUGUAUUCCCCAUCACGGAGAGCUUGGCGCAUUUGAUUACAGGACAGAGCGGUCUGACACAUCAAGAGGGGGAUGGGAUGCCUCAGCGGCGUCUGAAACUACGCAUGCAUGCUUUCCACAAUCCGCGUCCUAGCCGAGUCGGUCUCGGGGUGGCAAUCAUUGCCAGAGACGGGCCGGCAGGACAGUUGAAACAGAGGGAGCGACUCGUGUCCAGUCUAGAAGUGGUCGUCUUGUUUUUCUCCCCCUUCUCUUCUUCUCAUAUCUAAGGUAUCAUACAGAUCCAUUCCCGUAUUAAAGAAGAAG